UCUCAUCGCAAAUUUGUGCAAAAACAAGGAAAAUAUCAACGUAAAAAUGGGAGCUGCAUUUUUCCCCAUCUUUUUCUUCACCGCGCUCUGGGGUGGAGUCGGCAUUGGUUUGCCCAUUAUGACUCCGAAAGGACCGCAUCAGAACCUAAUCCGAUGUAUUUUGAUGCUUACUGCCGCCUGCUGUUGGCUUUUCUGGUUGUGCUGCUACAUGGCCCAGAUGAAUCCUUUGAUCGGGCCGAGGCUGAAGCGGGACGCUAUUCAAAUGAUUGCCAAGUCCUGGGACAACCCUCUAAAGGAUGGCUAAGUCAGACGCCAGCAACAACAAGGAACUAUUCCAUUUACAAUAUAGUUUAUAAUAUGUACAUACAUAUGUAUGUAUGCAUAUGUGUACGUAUGCAUUGGUGAGUCUCACAGGCAAAUAUGAGUGUGAAAAAUUCCAUGUUUGAGCGUUGUAAUGUAGCAAAGAGUUAUGAACAUUGUUUGCCUAUGUGUAUUUACCUUUAUUGUAGACAAAUAUUAAAAUUACUUAUCCCCCUUCAUGUUCCGAAAUGCUGCCAUUGUCACGCAGUUGUAAACAAACAUGUUUGUGUUAAGGCGAAACUAAGAACAAUACAUUUCGUGAAUAAAAUUGUAAACUAAAGCGAUUAUCUGUUCAAGCUUUAUAAAAUGUCGCUAUCAUGUUAUAUUGUACUUCAUUUGCUUAAAUUUAAAUAUUAAUAAAAAAUAUUGUAUCAAACCACA